AGUACAGAAAAGAAAGAGAGAGAGAGAGGCUGAAACAAAGAAGUGAAAAUAACAGCAAAAAGUAGGAGCUGCAGCAGCUCCCCCGAAGCUUAUCUCAGCGGCAGACUCUGAAAGCUGUUUGAGUAGCCUCAACCCGGAGAAUAGCACCAAUGGGAGAGGAGGAAAAGAAACCAGAGGAACCCAUGGCAAAGGAGAAAAACCCAGAGGAAGAAGCAACCCAAGAGAAAAAACCGGAGCAAGAGUCCAAAGAGGAAGUUGCUGCUGCUGCUGCUGCUCCGCCACCGCCACCGCCACCGCCCGAGAUUGUGCUCAAAGUGUUCAUGCAUUGCGAGGGUUGCGCCCGCAAGGUUCGUCGCUCCCUCAAAGGAUUCCCAGGUGUCGACGAUGUUGUCACCGAUUGCAAAUCUCACAAGGUGGUCGUUAAGGGAGAGAAAGCGGAUCCGCUCAAGGUUUUGGAGAGAAUACAGAGGAAGAGUCACAGACAGGUCGAGCUUCUUUCUCCGAUCCCGAAACCUCAAGAGGAGAAGAAGGUCCAAGAGGAAGAGAAGCCCAAGCCCAACCCCGAAGAGAAGAAAGAAGAGCCUCAGAUUGUGACGGUUCUGAAAGUUCACAUGCAUUGCGAAGCUUGCUCUCAGGAAAUCAAGAGACGCAUACAGAGAAUGAAGGGAGUGGAAUCAGCAGAACCCGAUCUGAAGAACUCACAAGUGAGCGUGAAGGGGGUGUACGAUCCAGCAAAGUUGGUUGAGUACGUUUACAAGAGAACCGGGAAGCACGCAGUGAUAGUGAAGCAAGAGCCAGAAAAGAAAGAGAAAGUGGAGGAAGCAAAAGAGGAGAAGAAAGAGGAAGAGAAGAAGAGUGGUGGUGAAGGAGAAGAAAACAAAGAGAAGAAGGAAGAAGAAGCCAAAGUAGAGGAAGCAACAACACCAGCAACUACUGAAGACACCAACAAGGUUGUUCCAGAGGUUAAGAUUAAUGAAUACUUCUAUAACCCACCAAGGUAUGGCAUGGAGGUGUAUGCAUAUCCUGCACACCCUGCGUAUUUCCAUUCCUACCCUCCCCAGAUGUUCAGCGAUGAGAACCCAAAUGCCUGCACUGUCAUGUAGUCAAAAUUGAGGGUGUCAGGGUGAUAUGGGAAUUGGGGAAAAAUUGUGAAGUUUGGUGGGUGACAUGAAAUGAUGCCCAUUCCUGUGUUACCUGUACUGUGAAAGUACAAUGUAUGCAUAAGCUAUAGAAUUUUGUAAGACUUUUUGGUUCCGUGUUUAAGUAGAAUAUACUAUAUCACUUUAAAAACACA